AUGGCCGAAGGGUACUUGGCUGGAGAAUGUAUAUCGUUCUGCUUAGAGUUCCUGGAAAGUUCAGUACAUCUCGAACAAACGUUGAACUGUAAUGAAGAUGUUGAGGCUGAUGACCUUGUCCUUGAAGGACGUCCUUUGCAGAAGGCCACUGAGGUCACUCUCUCAGACAAAGAACGAGACAUAGCACAUCGCUAUGUACUGAUGAACACGGCAAUGAUGGAUCCAUAUAUUGAGCGACAUAUAUCAAUACUUCAGAUUCCAAGUAAUUCAGAUGCUCACUCCACUAAGCUAAGGUGGUUGGCUUAUGGACCCAGACAUACUGCUCAGAGUCACACGGGGUUUGUGAUCAACGACCAUAGAUUUCAGAUCAAGCGUAAGACUCGGAACAGCGGAGUGACCAAUGAAGCUUUCUCUAUGUGUAGAUCUACUGCACGAGAUACUAGACAAAUGGCUGAUAUAGUUGGCUAUUACGGAGUGAGGAGAUUCUACUGCUUGACUAUCACAUGUUUUCCGUUCCAGUCUUCAAAUGCACUUGGGCAAACACAGGGAAUGGUGUAA